UACGUCACUUCCGCUCCCGCCGUGGCGCCCUGGCUGCGUUCUGCCGAGGAAAGGACCCCCGGGGGUGCGGCCCGGCGCUAGCCUCGCAGGAUGUCGUACAUGCUGCCGCACUUGCACAAUGGCUGGCAGGUGGACCAGGCCAUCCUCUCGGAGGAGGACCGAGUCGUGGUCAUCCGCUUCGGGCACGACUGGGACCCGACCUGCAUGAAAAUGGAUGAAGUCCUGUACAGCAUCGCCGAGAAGGUGAAGAACUUCGCGGUCAUUUACCUGGUGGACAUCACGGAGGUGCCAGACUUCAACAAGAUGUAUGAGCUCUACGACCCCUGCACUGUGAUGUUCUUCUUCAGGAACAAGCACAUCAUGAUAGAUCUGGGCACAGGCAACAACAACAAGAUCAACUGGGCCAUGGAGGACAAGCAGGAGAUGAUUGACAUCAUAGAGACUGUGUACAGAGGAGCCCGCAAGGGCCGGGGCCUGGUGGUGUCACCCAAGGACUACUCCACCAAGUACAGAUACUGACCCUGCCCCCUCCUGCCCCCAGCCCUGCUCCCCUUGCUCUGUAAAUACCUCUAUUAAAAGGGAAGCUCCUCAGGCCCCAGCCUGCUCUGGGUUGUUCAGCAAGUCUGCAGGGCACUUGGCAAAGCAGAAGAUACCCAGCCUGGGGCUGCCUGGCUGCUGCACUUUGGGAGGGUGUUGCUCAGGGACUUUGUGCUGUCCUUGUGUGGACUUCUGCAGACAGGAAACAAGAUUUCAGCUGCUCCUGGCUGGGUUUGGUGACACAAACACCUGGGGAAACUCCACUGCCACUUCUGUGAAAGAAUCAGGAGUGCUCCACUCACCCACCCCAGACCCCUGCAGGUGA